GUGACCACACUGUUAACCCGAAAGUUCAUUCUACGCAAACGUUUGAGUAAAUACCACUUUUAAAAAUGAGUUUUAUUGCAUUACUUAAACAGUAUGAGUAUAUGAAGAGUGUAUGAGAGAGUCAUUGGGUGUACUAAUUUUUGUAAGUUUAACAAACUUAAACUAUCAAGUUUUACCUCAGGCCACAGUGUUGCCCUGUUGUGAUGGCUCAACACUCAAGACAAGUCUGUGCUUGUCCGUUGGAAGUUACAGAGACAGUUGCGCCAUUUUAGCAAGUUUGGACACUUUUAAAGGACAUUUGCCUGCCAUAAAGUGGAUACCAUUUCUGCCUGAAUGAGACAUUUCUGACCUCCCUGAGAAACCUACCAUCUGAAUUAUUCCUGUCCUUGAUCCCAUCCCCGUGCCACAAAGUGAAAUAAGCAGUGACGUGAGCAGCCAGCCUGACACUGAGAUCUUGUCUACCUCAUCUCUGGAGGGUCGAGAAAAGUGGCCUGAGGUAUUUGACAUUCCAAAGUUUCCUGUAGACGUGGAAUACAGAUUACGCCAAGGAAAUCUGAUGUAUCUUCGUGAUGGCCUGAUUACCUGAAAGUGACAAAGGAUAUGAAGCAUGACAUUCUUAAGAAGCUUGCAUAGACAAUCUAUGGCUACAAAGCUUAUUCAAUAAAAGAGGCGUUUGAAGUUGUCGCAAAAGCUUUGGUAGCAGAACACCCCUGUCUUAAAGAACAAGGCUCAUCAUCUGGCUGUCAGGGAUGGAUAAACAGUCUUAAAUUCAAAAUGGGAAAUUACAGAACAAAAAUGCGCCAGCUGGGGCAGUCUGAUGUAACAGUUAACGGUGGUAAACAUGGAAAAAACAAUGUUGAUGGUGAGCCCUCUCGCAAAAAUAUAAAGAAGCCAAGAAAAGGGGAGAUCAAUUACCUUCCAGAAUUUCCAGAGAGAAUGGAUGUUGCUAGGCUUGAAGCUGUUCGAGAGGCCAUGGUUAAUGAAAUGCAGAAGAAAAACCCAAAUGAUUCUCUUAUUAGAAAAAACAUGGACAUCACAUUUGCCCUUAGAAGAGAGGAGAUUGUAAAGAAUGAGCCUGACAUUAGCCAGAUGGUCCAACGUUGGCCAACGCUUUUCACUGAAAGCCAGGUGUACUCGGAGUUUAACAGGGUUGCUGGUAGAAAUCUUAAAGAGGAGUUCUUUUGUGUUCUUGAUGGUUUGUGUCCACGUUUGAUGGAAAUCUUCGAGAGGAAGACAGGUCGGAUAGCGAAGCAGUUAGCUGACCUGCUACAAAAGACAACAAGCACUGAACCGACAGCCAUUAGAUGCCUUUUCCUGAGAGGACUUCCAGUCAUUCUUGGGGAUAAUGCAUCUAUGUUCUUUAAGAGCAGUUUGAAUCUUAAUGAAGGAGACUCCAUGGACAUUCCUGUGGGAAUCCUCUGCUAUGAGGACACCAGGGCUGCAAGCCCAGAAAGCCCAGUAUAACUAAACCCCUCAAGAGUGGGGAUCAUCCUAGAGGGCAGCCUUGUAAUGGAAGCACUCACCAACCUACCUCAGGCAAUGUGCCUCUUAUCUGGCUUUACCUAUGCACUCCACCUGCAGUACCCAAAGUGCUUAAAAAGCACAUUCACCUUCAUUCAGCUGGUAAUGCUAAAUUUAGGUUGAAGUGAGCUACCAAAAGCUGAAGAAUGAUCUUGCACAGUAAGACACAUCUAUGCUCAUGGCACAAUUCUUCAUGUCUGUGUCUGGAUUGUUGCACAAAUGCAUUGCACUCAAUGGGGCAAAUAUUCUCGCAGUUAGUCCUCACUGCAUAGUUGUUCUUGAUGCCUGCUUUGUUGUAUGGCACACAAAGCAUACAGUUUUUCCUUUUGCACUCACAGUAUACUGCUACAUGGUCACUGUGCUGUGAUUGUAUUUGGAAGGAAAUGGUUUCAUAAUUAAUAUUUGUUGCUUUGUUGUGUGUCUAAAUAAAAAUUUUGAUUAUUCAAA